UCGCUGCGGUGAGCGGUGUCCUGGCGGUCCGCACGCACGCAGCCUCUCCCGCAGCCGGCCUUGCGGCCCACCAGGGCUCGGUGCCCGCAGUGGCGAAGCGUGGGUGGCGGCUACACACCAGGCCCGGAGCGCUUAGCAGGUGGCCGGUCGGAGAAGCUGUGUCCCUGCAGCCAGAGGGUGACUGCGGUGCGGGGGGCGAAGCGGCGCGAGGUGACAUCCCAAGUCUUUUGACGCGCUGCGGCCCUGCAGGCGCUUCAGCUCCAGUCAUUCCUUGAGAGGGGAGACCAGGUGAUGGCAGCCAUGAUCCCGUCAGUUUGGCCCCAGGUGAGCUGUGGGGUCCCUCAUCCCUUCCUCUGGGCAGUUCAGAUUGAGAACUGAGAAGAGAGCUGGUGAGACUUGGAAUAAAAACUGCUUCUACCUGCCAAACUGGACAGGCAAGUGGCAGAGACUGGGGCAGUGACCAGUGAAGGUGGCAGGACGAGUGACCCUAGCAGAUGGAGUCACACAGGGGUCUCUGUGCCACUGCACAUGAGCAUCCCUUUGGAGAGCAGGGCCGUGGAAACCACCCAGGUGGUGCUCUGUGCAUGGAUGUGAAUGGAGACGCUGCAGGGGCUUGGGAUCGGUAAUAGCUGGGGUGGGAAAGAAGAGCUGCAGAUGAAUGAGAAGGAUAGCUCUGUCUCUGAUGUGGAGGGAUGGGGAAGAUGAUGGGAAGCAGGAGCAAGGAACAGACAGGAGACCUGGGGCCCUUGGUUGGAGGUCUGUGUGGGGAGUCAGGGGGCAAAUGGGAUAGAUGCCCCGGCUGCCCUGCUGGGGUGGCGGACAUCUGUUUUGCCAUAUGAGGGAUGAGGGUGAUGAGUGGGGCUAGGGGGUUGAGGUAAGCCACAGAGGAGCCAGGACCUCACAGGGAUGCAGUGAGAACUGCAGAUGCCUCCAGCAGCCUGCCAGUGAGGGGGUAGCCUGUCUAAGAGCAGAAUUGCUGUAGUGGAAUUUGCUUAUGGGAAUUCUUUUUCUUUCAGCCCAGUGUGAAAAUGGCACGCGGUUUCUCUGCUGUAAGAGAAGGCGGAUAUUCCAUAGUUGACUUUCCUGGUGUUUUUUCCUCCAUUUUCCUUUGUUACUAACUUUGUUCUCUUCACAAGCCCCCUCCCCCAAGCCCCUUAUUUUGCCCUCUGCCCCUCACUUAGGGCCUGAGCCAUGGAAUUGGCCCUAGGGCAGCCAGAACCUGUUGUUUCAGAAGUCGGUGACCUUUGAGGACGUGGCUGUGUACUUCACCCAGACAGAAUGGGAUAGUCUGUCCCCUGAACAGAGGGCGCUGUACAGGGGUGUAAUGCUGGAGAAUUAUAGGAACUUGGCCUCCAUGGGAUUUCCACUUCUCAAACCAGCUUUGAUCUCUCAGCUAGAGGAAGGAAAGGAUCUGGAAAACCUGUCUCAGCUGGCCACUGGAACAGACUCCCAGGGCCUCUGGACUGAAUAUACUGCUAUCCAGACUGGCAAUAAUUUGACAAAAGAAGUGUGUGAAGAAAAAAGGAGUAUAUUAUUUGAACUUCAGAAGGACUUUUCCCAGGGAACAAGCUUUUCAAAAACUUCUAUUAUAGACCACCGACAGGAAAACCAGUUAACAGGAAGUGCAAAGGAGAAGAUCAGUGCCACUGAUGGAAGAGUUAAGAUAGGCUCCAUGGAAAGAUAUUUAUUUAGUCAGACUCCAAAUGUGUUCCAGAAUCACACCAACUCCACUGGAGAGCAAUGUCCUGAUACCAAACUUACUAAGAAUGAAAGAAUUACUACAGAGGGAAGACCUCUGAAACACAAAGAGUUAGCAGACACCUCUCAAGUUAGUCAGCUUCUAGAAAGCUGUACUGUGGAGAAGCCUUACCAGUGUACAGAAUGUGGCAAAGCCUUCAGUGUUAAAGCAAAAUUUGUUUGGCAUCAAAGACUUCAUAAUGGAGAGAAACCUUUCAAAUGUGUGGAGUGUGGGAAAUGCUUUAGCUAUAGUUCACACUAUAUCACACAUCAGACAAUCCACAGUGGAGAAAAGCCUUAUCAGUGUACGGUAUGUGGAAAGGCCUUCAGUGUUAAUGGGAGUCUAGUUAGACACCAGAGGAUUCAUACAGGAGAGAAGCCCUAUCAGUGCCAGGAAUGUGGAACUGGCUUUGGCUGUAGUUCUGCUUACAUUAUACAUCAGAGAACCCACACCGGGGAGAAACCUUAUGAAUGCAGUGACUGUGGGAAAGCUUUCAAUGUUAAUGCAAAAUUAAUUCAGCAUCAGAGAAUUCAUACUGGAGAGAAACCUUAUGAGUGUGAUGUGUGUGGGAAAGGCUUCAGGUGCAGCACUCAGCUUAGGCAGCAUCAGAGUAUACAUACUGGAGAAAAACCGCAUAGGUGUAGUUAUUGUGGAAAAGGCUUCACUAAAAAUGCAAAACUCAUUCAACAUCAAAGAGUCCACACGGGUGAGAAACCCUAUGAAUGCAAUGAGUGUGGAAAGACUUUUAGUGCCAAAGGGAAGUUAAUCCAGCACCAGCGAAUCCAUACAGGUGAGAGACCUUAUGAAUGUAAUGAAUGUGGGAAAUCUUUUCGGUGUAACUCCCAGCUUCGACAGCAUCUGAGAAUCCAUACUGGGGAGAAGCCAUAUAAGUGCAGUGAGUGUGGAAAGGCCUUCAACGUCAAUGCAAAACUAAUGCAGCAUCGGAGAACUCACACAGGGGAGAAACCUUUUGAAUGUAAUGAAUGUGGAAAGUGCUUUACUUCCAAAAGAAACCUACUUGAUCAUCAGCGAACCCAUACUGGAGAAAAGCCAUAUCAAUGUAAGGAGUGUGGGAAAGCUUUCAGUAUCAAUGCCAAGUUAACUAGACAUCAACAAAUACAUACUAGGGAGAAACCUUUUAAAUGUAUGGAAUGCGAGAAAGCAUUCAGCUGUAGUUCUGACUAUAUCGUGCACCAGAGAAUCCAUACUGGAGAGAAACCCUUUCAAUGCAGUGAGUGUGGGAAAGCCUUCCAUGUCAAUGCUCAUUUAAUUAGACACCAGAGAAGCCAUACUGGGGAAAAACCUUUCCGAUGUGUUGAGUGUGGCAAAGGCUUCAGCCUUAGUUCUGACUGUAUUAUACACCAGACUGUGCAUACUUGGAAGAAGCCCUAUGUGUGUAAUAUAUGUGGGAAAACUUUCAGGUUUAGCUUCCAACUUAGUCAGCACCAAGAAGUUCAUAGUGAAGAAAAAUCCUAAUAGAUGAACAAAACAAUAACAAUAACAAACAAACAAAAUACUCCUGUGUUUAAUAGGAAAUGGAUCAUGGCUCAUCAAUUAUUACUUGGAAGAAAAACAUCAAGGGGAAUGAAUAUGGCAGUCCUCAUUUGGAAACAAUUAUUUCUGUUUUCUGUUUUUAAUCAAGGUUAGAUGAGCAGCUGGAAAGUUAUAUCUAAAAUAACUUAGUUUUAUAUCAGUAACCAGUCAGGAAAUAUGAAAGAAAACAUCCUAUCUCUGGCAGCAUCAGGAAAAGUAGAUUUUCUAGGAAUAAUUAUUUUGUGGGACUAAAGAAAAUUAAGAAUUCUCCACUGAGGGAAACCAAAGUAAACAAAAGGGGUGGAGGGAAAUUAAUUUAUUUCUGCUUAUUUUUUUACAAUAAGAGUGCAUUACACUUCCUUUAAAAAAAGGGGGAGGGGUAACCAUUUUUAAAAAUUAAUAGAAGUCUUUAAAAAUACCAGAUCCAGGGGCUGGAGAAAUGGCUCAGCUGUUAAGUGCACUGGCUGCUCUUCGAGAGGUCCUAGUUUAAUCCCCAGCCACCACAUGGUGGCUCACAACCAUCUGUAAUGAGAUCUGAUGCCCUCUUCUGGUAUGCAGGUAUACAUGCAGAGCACUCAUAAAAGUAUUUUUAAAAAAUCAGAUCCAAAGUAGAGAUGAACAAUAAGGAGAAUAUUGGCAAAUUACUUAAUCAAAAAUAAACCCAUAUGUUUUGUUGUAAAUAAUUCCAAAUAAGUAUGAAAUGUAAAGCAUACACACACAAAAAUGGAAAUACUUUUGUAAAAUUUGUGUUAUAAAAAUGACAUUAACAGGCACUGCUUCAACAUCACAAGCAUUCUGAAAAAGUGUUCUGCCUUAGUAGUACCCCAAGGAGUGAAAAUUCGUGAAGACAUUUUUUGCAUGUCACAUUGAGUCUAUGAUAUGCAUAUCCCCCAAUACUCUGCAGCCCUCAGUGAUUAUAGAUGCUGUAUUUGCUAUAGAUGCCUGCCAUACAAGUAUAAAAUAUAUUUAACAAAAUAGCAUGUUCCUAUUUUGUAGUGUCUGAACUCUACAAACAUGGCUAUGUCCUAAAGGAAUGUGUCUGCCUUGGAUUUCAACUCCUUGUGGUCUUGGGUUCCAUGAAAAUGUUGGAAUUCUCAAGAUACUCUUUGAAGUCUCUUACCCACUUAAAAAAAAAAUCUAAGCCUAAUAUUAAUAAGAUCACUUAAGCUGCCAAGAAGCUGAGUACCAGCAGUUGAUUUCAAUGUUGUCAACUGUUAGUGGGUAGUAAAGGAAGUGUUUUUCUACUCAAAACACUCCUACUACCAAAUAUUCGGGUUUCCAUACCAGUUCCGUUGUCUGCAGACACCAACUGGAUGCCCUCCAAUUUAUAUCAGUUUAGACACUACUCAUAAUAAACAUCCUACUGGUGAAAUGGACAA